AUGGAAAUAAAGUUAUGGAAGAUACCAAACAAAGACAAGGAGAUUUUGUAUUUACUGCUGAUUAUACUGGAGAAUAUGAAUUUUGUUUCUCAAAUACAAUGUCUACAUUUGCUGAAAAAAUUGUUGAUUUUGAAAUCAAAUUUGAAAAUGAUAAUGAACAAAAUGGUGAUAGUAAAUUUAAAGCUAAUUUACCUAAUCAACCAAGUGGUAAAUCUUCGACUUAUGUUUGAAAAUAUGAGAAAAACUGUUGAUAAAAUUGAAGAUCAAUUAGAUGGCUUAUAUAAAGCUUUACAAUAUUACAAAACCAGAAAUAAUAGAAACCAAGCAACUGUUCAAUCUACUGAAUCAAGAAUCUAUUAUUUCUCAAUCUUUGAAGUUUUAUUAAUGGUUGGUAUGGCUUUCUUACAAAUUACCAUUGUUCAAUUAUUCUUUAGAGGUUCAAGAAAACAAUUGGUUUAA